AUGAAGGAUGCCCUCAAAAUACUUCACCUUUACCUUCGAAGGGCUGCUCAACUCCGCCUUCCCCACUUGUAUCCAUGGCAACAUCUAGCUUCUAUCUUUGAAGGCUUCAAGAUGGCGGAUGUGGAGCAACCUACCGUGCCCCCUAUGGUCUCAGAAGUAAAAAAGCGUCGUGCACCUAAAGCCCCUGAGCUUCCAAUAGUCGAGAGGAGAAACUGGCUCAUCCACCAACACUACAUACACAAAGAUUAUGACAUCUGUAAGGUAAUCAUUAAGGAGCAGUUGCAAGAGACAAAUGGAGUGUGUGAAUAUGCCAUAUAUGUGCAAGCACUAAUCUUGCGCCUGGAGGGCAAGAUUCAACAAUCCCUGGAGCUGUUUCAGAGCUGUGCCAUCCUUAAUCCCGGCAGCGCUGACAAUCUGAAGCAAGUAGCCAGAUCACUGUUUUUACUGGGAAAGCACAAAGCAGCGAUUGAAUUCUACCGUGAAGCUGCAAGACUCAAUGAGAAAGACUGGGAGAUCAGUCACAAUCUGGGAGUGUGCUAUCUCUUCAUCAAAGACUUCGCACAUGCCAAGGAGCAACUCAACAUGGCUCUCCAGUUAAACAAACACGACGCAACUUUCAUGAUGCUUGGCAAAGUCCACUUGCUGGCCGGAGAAACUGACAACGCCAUUGAUGUGUACAAGAGGGCAGUGGAAUUCUCUCCGGAGAACACGGAACUGCUGACAACUCUCGGUCUGCUCUUUCUCUCACUUGGUAAAUACCAAAAAGCUUUUGAGCACCUUGGAAAUGCCCUCACAUUUGACCCCAACAAUUAUAAGGCCAUCCUGGCCGCAGGCAGCAUGAUGCAGACCCACGGCGACUUUGAUGUUGCCAUGAACAAGUACCGGGUGGCAGCAUGUGCUGUGCCUGAAAGCCCCCCUCUCUGGAACAACAUCGGCAUGUGCUUCUUUGGCAAAAAGAAAUACGUUGCCGCCAUCAGUUGCCUGAAGCGAGCUCACUACUUGUCUCCUUUUGACUGGAAAGUGUUGUACAACCUGGGGCUGGUACACCUGACCAUGCAGCAGUAUGCUUCUGCUUUCCACUUCCUCAGCGCCGCUAUCAACCUCAGCCCACGAUUGGGCGAGCUCUACAUGCUUCUGGCAGUGGCUUUGACGAACUUGGAUGACGUGGAGAAUGCCACCAGAGCGUACGAGCAAGCUGUGAAUCUGGACCAAGCAAACCCUCUGGUCAACCUGAACUUUUCAAUCUUCCUCUACAACCGCGGUGACAAAAAGGGAGCGCUGAAUCAGUAUCAGGAAAUGGAGAGAAAAGUCAACAUGCAGAGAGACAGUAGCAGCAGCUUUGACUUUGACCCAGAGCUCAUAGACAUGGCUAUGAAGAUGGGAGCAGCCCUGCAGGUGGCUGAGAGCGUAGUGUGGACUAAACCAUCCAAGGGCUCCAAGUCCAAACCGACCUCGGGGUCAGCUACUCUGAGCCCGGGCGCUCCCCUUGGCACUAACCAAACCCUGGGUCAGGCCAUGUCUUCUGCUGCCAGCUACAACAAGAAUAUCCAGCCACCAACAAAACCCUCCACCUCACUUGACCCUGAGCCAGACGUGGACAAUGUUCCCAGCCCGCCUUCUGAUCCUCCAGGUUCCCCAGAACCAGCCCAAUCAGAGGACCCGUGGCCCAAAACCUCCAAGAGAAAAUCAAUGGUGGAGGAAUGAAUUCAUAUGGAGGGAUCGUCGCCAUGUUGUCCA